AUGUUCUAUGUACGUUACUUCAGCACACUCUUGCUAAUUCUGCUAUGGUCGGCAAACGACGCUCAUAAUUUCUCUCUAUUUGAUAUUCGUAUUGAUCAUUGGAAAAUUAACACAAGACGUGAUUUAGUAAUUAAUACACCAAAACCUCGAUUUUCAUGGAAGAUUCAUGCUUUAGAUGAUAUAUUACAUCGAAACAUCCAACAAAUAGCAUAUCAAAUUCAAAUCUACUCAGUAAAACUAACACAACAAGAUGAACUUUAUCAAUGGGAUAGUGAACGUAUUAUUUCUUCACAAUCAAUACAUGUUGCAUACACUGGCCAUCAUGAUCUCUUACAUUCCACAUUUUAUCGUUUUCGUUUACGAGUUUGGAUAAACAAUUCGGUUGUAGCAUGUAAAUGGAUUGAAUGGAUUCAGUUUCGAACAGCAAUAUUUAAUUUACAUGAAUAUAUAAUAAAUAAUACUGAUCUUCUUUGGAUUGGAUCAACAGAAAUCAAUAUGAAUGAAUUACGAAAAGAAUUCAAUGUUUCAAAUGCUAGUCCUGUAAAAUCAGCUAUUGUUUAUCUGUCUGGUUUAGGAUAUUAUGAAUUCUACCUCAAUGGAAACAAUGUUGAUCCUAGCCGUAAAUUAGAUCCUGGUUGGACAACUUAUGAAAAACGUACUUUACUUGUUUCAUUUGAUUUAACUGCAAAUAUUUCCGUAGGUAUGAACGCUAUAGGAGUUAAAUUAGGUAAUGGUUGGUAUAGUCAAGAGCAGCAUGGAAAAGAAACUUAUAGUCCACCACGUCUUAUUUUCACUUUAUCCAUUUUAUUUGAAAAUGGUGACCAAAUGCAAGUUUUAAGCGAUCAAACAUGGUUAGGUCGUGAAGGUUCAAUCAAACAUGAUAGCGUGUAUAAUGGUGAAAUAUAUGAUCGUAGAAGUGAUCGUCUUAAUUGGACUCGACCUGCUUUUAAUGAUUCACGAUCAGCUUGGAUAACGCCUGAAUCAUUAAAAUCACCCAUUAACGAUACAUCCGUAGGUUUACUUGUCUUACAAGAUAUGCCUCCCAUUCGUGCCGGAUCAGAUGCAUUACAUACUGAAGUCAUGAUUGAUAGUUUAGAAUAUGGUUAUUUAAAUCAUAAAGAUUUAGGUAAUAUUAAAGGUGCAUCAUUUGCAGAUGGUGGUAUUAUUAAACCUGUAGAUAUGUGGAUAUCAGAUUCAGGUGUUCAAACAUUUGAUCUUGGUCAAAAUAUAGUAGGAUGGUGUCGUUUAAAAUUUCAAGGUCCAUCUGGUUUUGGUACUUAUAUUCGUCAUGCUGAAAUAUUAGUUCAACCAGUUGUUUCGACUAAUCAUGCUACUCAUAAUCUUAAUACCGAAAAUCUUCGUAAUGCUACAGCAUCGGAUAUGUAUAUUCUUCGAGGAGAUCGUCUUGGUGAAGUCUAUGAACCAAGUUUUACAAUUCAUGGUUUUCGUUAUCUAUCUGUAUUUGGUGCACCAAAUUAUUUAACUACAGAUAAUGUUGAAUGUUUAGUGGUUCACAGUGAAACAACAUUGAAAGGUCAUUUUACUACAAGCAAUCCUAUUAUUAAUCAAAUUCAACAUAAUAUUCAAUGGGGUCAGUUGAGUAAUCUCAUGUCUGUGCCUACUGAUUGUCCACAGCGCGAUGAACGAAGAGGAUGGCUUGGAGAUGCUGCUCUAUCCGUAGAUGAAGCUUUAUACAAUUUUGAUUUAAUCAAAUUUUAUUUAAAUUUUCUUAAUUUAAUUGUUGAUAUGCAGUUACCUAAUGGUGCAAUACCAGAUAUUGUGCCAGGUGGGGGUGGUAUAUAUCCAGCUGAUCCAAAUUGGGGAGCUGCAUUACCUAAAAUAACUUGGCAGCUUUAUCGACACUAUGGAGAUCGUCAAAUCCUAGAAGAUUACUAUGAUCAUGUUCGUGCUUACAUUGAAAAUGUACGUAGUGGUUAUAAUGAUACUGGUUUGAAGAAUUUAUUUUGGCGAUAUGGUGAUUGGCUUCCACCAUCCCCAUUUCCUCGAACCAACGAACAUUUGACAUCAUCAUUUGCUUUUCUUCACAAUGUUUAUAUUCUACUAAACAUGUCCCAAAUACUUGAGAAAAAGCAUGAUACUGAUAUUUAUUCAUUAUUUUAUCAACAACUUGCUGAAGAGUUUCAUCAUGUCUUUUUCAAUACGACGUCAAAUUAUUACGCCGAUGGUAUGCAAGCAGCACAAGUUUUAGCUUUAGCAUUACCAGGUGUUGUACCACCAACAAUACGAAAUGUAGUACUAAAUUAUCUAGUUAAUAAUAUUAAUCUAAAUGGUAAUCAUGCAACAACAGGCAUUGUAUCAAUGGCUCAACUGUAUCCAGUUUUAUCGGAUAAUGGAUAUCACGAUUUAGCACUCGAAAUGAUUUCAUUGACUACAUAUCCUUCUUAUGGUUAUAUGUUUACAAAUCCGUAUGAAAAUGCAACAACUCUUUGGGAACUAUUAAAUGCACCAUUUCUUGGACCAAUGAGUUCACGCAAUCAUAUUAUGUAUGGUAGUAUUGGUGCAUGGUUCUAUGCACAUCUUGCUGGGAUUGAUCUUUCUUCAGAAUUUAUUACAAUUCGACCACGAAUGGCAUCCGAAAUAAAAAAACAUCUGAUGACAAAAUUAGAUUGUCAAUUAAGUACAUUAUAUGGUCUCGUACGUAUUGCAUAUACUCGUGAUGAACGUGAUACAUUACCUAAUUCUAUUUUACUUCGUAUAACUAUACCUCCAAAUACACGAGCUCGUAUUAUAUUUGAACCUUUAUUUGUGGGUGGACAAUGUGAAAAACUAAUUGAGAGCGAUACAGUGAUCUGGGCUCUUGAUAACACUACGAUUAUUAAUCAUCAAAAAAUUGAAAUUGAGAAAAAUGUUGCAACAAACUUAAUGAAUGCAUAUAUUGAAUCUGGUCAAUAUGAAUUUCAGGCACUGUGGAUUUAA